UGUCCAAGGGCAAGCGUCUCGUCUGCUGCUGUGGCUGGUUCGCUCGGUCGCGGAGCGCGCGCACGCACUCGCACACGCACGCCACGACGACCCGCCGGCGGCACGCACGCACCGCAGCAACAUGGCGGCCGACCGACCGAAACGCCGCCGCUCCCCCCCGAAACCAGCCAUCCACCCACCCACCCAUGUGGCGUUCGCGUGCAGCUGCCUGCCUGAGCCGCCGCCGCCGAGAACCAAACGCGCUCCGUGACGCCGUGACGGCGCGGCGGCAGCCCUUCGUCGCGGUCGCCGCGCCGCCACGGCCACCAGUUGUCAUCCAUGCCGUCACCAGCAAGCACGCCGAGCGCGCAACGACGAAAACGCCGCCGCCGUGACCAUCAUCCACUGCAUCAACAACCGUAUCACAAUCCUUACCCCGGCGCCGUCGUAUCUCUACCGGCGGACACCACUACCACGUCGUUGUCACCUGUGGCUCUAGCCACCGCAGCCGCCUUAGCUUCGAACGCCGCCACCACGGCAUCGACCACGGCGUCCGUCGUGGCCGCCGCAAUGGCGAUCGCCAACGAGACUAACAUCGAUCUGAUAAUGAUCAACAAGAUCAAGGAGCACCAAGUGCUGUACGACACGGACGAGGACCAGUACAAGUACAUAGACAAGAGGGAUAAAGCCUGGAAAGAAGUGGCCGACGAACUUGGCAUGCCGGUUAACGAUGUCAAAUUGCGCUGGAAACGUUUACGCGACAAUUUCCGAGUGUCCAUCAAACGCACCAAAGGAUUGAAUCUCAAACCCGGCCUACCGUUCGUCGAGGGCAAGCCCUGGAAGUAUCAAAAAGAAAUGGAAUUUCUCUUACCUUUUAUGCAAAUCGGAGGGUAUUCUCUGAAGAAAAUGCUGAACUUGGAACACUCUCCAACCCAAGACUACGCGGGCGUGUAUGACGACAGAGAGACAGAUGGGUCGUCCAGUCCGUACAACAACAUGUCGUAUGACUACGACGAGAUGCCCGAACCCCGAGUAGAGAUGAAAGAGAUGGCAGGCAGCUACUCGAACGACGAGGGGGGCGUGGACGACGAGCUGCUGUACCCAGACGUGGAGAUCCUGAGCAAUGGCAAGCACGAGCCCCUGCACCGGGUCGCGAAGCGUGUGAAACGAUCGGCAGAAGCCGCAGCGGCGGCCGCCAAGGAGGCCGACUCGUCCGCCCAGCUCAAGCUCAACCAACACCACAUGAACCACUAUUACCACAUACAACAGCAACAGCACAGUCAUGCCAAGGUGCACCCCGUUGACCUGUUCUUCUACAGCAUGGCUGAGACGACCAAGGGCCUGCCUCAAGCGUACCAGGCAGAAAUCAAGCGCCGUGUGCUCGAAAUCGUGAUCAAGGCCGAAGAAGAGAUGAACAAAAAUAAAAACUACGAAUGAGUGUCAUAUAAUUGACAGUCGAUAUAUCCCUCUCUUGCUCUCUCCUCUCUCUACGAAUAAGCCUUUUCGUUUUUGUACCACUUCUAUUUUUUAUAUAUAUUAUAUACUUUUUAGCAUUUUUGAUGUCACUAACUUGGAAUUUUUUAGUCGAGAUGUUGAUCGUUUAUCGUUCUCAUAUUUAUUUUACAAUCAAAUUGCUUAAUUUAUUAUUAUUAUUUUGUUCGGUGAAUUCCAAUGAAUUAUGUGUUGCAGUUAUCGAACAGUCAUGAUAUGAUUUUUUGAAAUGCCCAACACCAAUUAUUAUUAUUACACAUCACUUAGAAAUAAGGCAUAAUUAUUUAUAUUAUUAUUUUUUGACUCGUGGAGAUAAAUGACGGGUAUAUAUUAUAUUUUUUAUACUUAAUAACGUGAAUGCAGGAAAGCACUCAAGAACGUUUUUGUAAUAUAAACAUUCCGAAUUUUGCCACCAAACUGGCUUUGUGAUAACAAUAAUGUGUUAAAUAUUUAGUACCUAUGACUAUAUUAUAAAAAUUAUGCAUUCCAUUGUAGUGUAUUUAUACAGUAUAAUUCAAUAUUGUUAGUGUAAGUCUGAAUACUUCAUACCUAUUAAGCUCAUGUAAAGAUAAUUAUAUAUUUGCUCAAACAUUCUCUGUCUCUGCAGAGAAUGUGUGUACCAAUUUUUUGUGUACAAAAUCAAUAAAUUUACAUGUAAUGUAAACUUAAUAAGUACGAACAUUAUUAAAUAAUGUAUACAUUUUAUACCAUGACAGUCUUAUUAUUAUUAUUGUUUUUUUUUUAUUUUUUUUAUGUAUAAAUGUGUCAGAAAUUGCAAUCAUUGUAAAUAAAAAUAAAAAAAACUAUUAAUA